AUGACUUCUUCUGAAGCAAAAGCAAAAGCUAAAAGGGAAUUUGAAGAUGUAUUUCCAACUCUUGCAGAAGAAUUUUUGGCAUCUGUUCGAUCUCGAUCGUUUCCAAAUGAAAGUGUUGAAUGGAUUAAAAAGUGCAUUUAUCAUAAUGUCCCUGGUGGAAAAAUGAAUCGUGGCCUGUCCGUGAUUGAUACGCUUGAAAUCUUAAAGGAUGGAAAAGUUUCCUCUGAGGAAUUGUUUAAGGCGAGAAUUCUUGGUUGGUGUGUUGAAUGGCUACAAGCUUUCCUCCUGAUCGCUGAUGAUAUUAUGGAUGCUUCUACUACUCGUCGCGGAAAUCCAUGUUGGUAUAAAAUGGAAGGAGUAGACAUGAUUGCUAUUAAUGACUGUUUAAUAUUGGAAUCUGCACUUUAUUUCUUUUUAAAGAAAUAUUUUCGCCAAGAUCCUUAUUAUGUUGAUUUGUUAGAGUUAUUCCAUGAGAUUACUCUUGAGACUGAAUUUGGUCAGUCAUUAGAUUUGAUUACAGCUCCUGAAGAUGAUGUAGAUUUGAAUAGAUUCUCUAUGGAAAAAUAUAAAUUCAUUGUCAAAUAUAAAACAGCAUUUUAUUCAUUUUAUCUACCUGUAGCAUUGGCAAUGCACAUGGCAGGAAUAAAAGAACCAAGUACAUAUAAGCAAGCCUUAGAUAUCUUGUUGCCAUUAGGGGAAUAUUUCCAAAUUCAAGAUGACUAUCUUGAUUGUUUUGGUCUUCCAGAAGUAAUUGGAAAAAUUGGAACUGAUAUUGAAGACAAUAAGUGUUCCUGGUGCAUUAACCAAGCAUUAUUAGUAGCAACUCCCGAGCAAAGAAAAUUGUUAGAUGAAAAUUAUGGAAAGAGAAACCCGGAAAAUGUUUCUAUAAUCAAAGAAAUUUACAAGCAACUUGAUAUUGAAGGGAAAUAUAAAAAGUAUGAGGAAGAGUCAUUUAUUUAUCUGAGUGAAUUGAUUUCUCAAUUGGAUGAGACUUUCUUGAAGAAAGAAGUAUUUAAUUCAUUCAUGAAAAAGAUUUAUAAAAGAACUAAGUAA